UUCAUGGAAAAUUAUGGCUAUGAUUUGAACAGAUUCUAAAUUUUUGCAAGAACUUGCUCACAGAGAGACUAAGAACGGAUCAUUUUCAUAUGCUUUCAAGUCAAGCUCAAGAAUAGAGAAUGAUUUUAUUUACAAAUUGGGUUUAAUUCAAGAUAUUGGCAAAUCUCUCAGAAAAAGGCAAGACAUGGCUCUGUUCCAAAGAGCUGCAAAGAUCUUUCCAUUGCUUUUGCUUCAUUUCUGGGUUGCAAAUCUUGUUGAUUUUGCUCAUGCUGAUCCUCCUUACCCUCUUUGCUCAAACAUUCUUAACCAGAACAGUUCAUUUCAGAGCAAUCUGAACAUCCUCUUGGAUUCUCUUCGCUCAAAUGCUUCUGUUUCAAAGCUUUAUGAUUCCUCUAAUGGAAAUGACCCAGAUAAAAUCUAUGCUCAAUACAUGUGCCUCAACUACGUAGCAAAUGAAGAUUGCAGAACUUGUGUAACUUUAGCAACAGAUCAUGUAAGGCAAUCUUGUACAAACAAUACAGAAGCAAUUGUGUGGGAGGAGUAUUGCCAACUACGUUAUUCGAAUCGAAGGUUCUUAGGCCAGUUGGAUGUCUCAGGAAAUCUUGGAUUAGAUAACAAAAGAAAUGUUUCAAAUCCAGAACAUUUCAGACCUGUAGUGAAUCAAACUGUGAGUAAUCUGAUAAAGAAGGCAGUUUUUGAUGAAUCUGCUAACAUGUAUGCUACUGGGGAAGCUUCUAUCAAAGAUUCAGAUAGAUUGCAUGCUCUAGUUCAGUGCACUACAGAUUUGAGUUCAGCCGAUUGCAAUACUUGCCUUCAGGUUGCCUUAGCAAAUCUGUCAAGCUGCUGCUCUUUUUCUCGUGGGGCAAGGCUUCUCAGCCGCAGCUGCUAUUUAAGGUAUGAGCUAUACGCCUUCUAUAAAGGUGAAACUGAUGAAUCUUCAGCUUCUGAACAGAAUCUGGGGACAGGGAAAAGCAAGAAAAGAAAGAUAUUGAUGAUUCUAAUCUUUACAAUUAUAUCAGUACUUCUGGUGGUUGCUGUGUUGAGUUUCUUUUACUUCUGUUUAUCUAAGAAAAAGGGAAAUAAAAAAUGGAAAAAUGAAAUUUCAAUUCAAGAAGUUCAAGUUCAUAGCAUUGGUGAUCCGAGUAGCACUAUGUUCCGGCACCAAGAUUUUCAAGGAAUUGAUGGUCUUAAUGUUGGGGAAUCUGGAUUUAUGGAUUUGGCAUCUAUACAAGCAGCUACGAAUAAUUUCUCUGAAUUGAAUAAGCUUGGACAAGGAGGUUUUGGUCCUGUUUACAAGGGGAUAUUAGCUGAUGGAAAGGAAGUAGCAAUCAAGAGGCUUUCAAGUUUUUCUGAGCAGGGAACAGAAGAGUUCACAAAUGAAGUUCUGCUAAUAAUGAAACUUCAACACAAAAACCUUGUUAGGCUUCUGGGUUUCUGUAUUGAUGGAGAAGAAAAGCUGCUUGUCUAUGAAUUCAUGCCUAAUAGCAGCCUUGAUGUUUUCCUCUUUGAUCCCAGCAAACGUGCUCAAUUGGAUUGGCGUAGACGUAUUAACAUUAUAAAUGGGAUUGCAAAGGGAAUGCUUUAUCUUCAUGAGGAUUCUCGGCUUCGAAUCAUUCAUCGAGAUCUCAAAGCUAGCAAUAUCUUGUUGAACAAUGAUAUGAAUCCAAAGAUUUCAGAUUUUGGAAUGGCGAGGAUUUUUGCAAGCACUGAAGGGGAAGCUAGUACUGCUAGAAUAGUUGGAACUUAUGGAUACAUGGCGCCAGAGUACGCCAUGGAGGGGCUAUACUCCACCAAAUCUGAUGUUUUCAGUUUUGGAGUUCUCUUGCUUGAGAUCAUAACAGGCAGAAGAAACAUUGGAUUCCAAAAAUCAAAAAAUGUUCCUAACCUUACAACACAUGCAUGGCAUUUAUGGAACAAAGGAAAUGGGAAGGAGUUGAUGGAUCCAUUGUUGAGUGAUUCAUGUCCUCUUGACGAGUUCUCAAGAUGCAUGCAUAUUGGAUUAUUGUGUGUUCAAGAAGAUGCUAUUGACAGACCUACCAUGUCUUCUGUUGUUUUGAUGUUGAAAAGUGAAACUGUAACUCUUCCGCAGCCUGAAAGGCCUGCUUUUUCUCGGGGGAGAUUCACUGGCCAUGAUUCUGCAAUUCCCAGUGAUGGUUCCGCCGAUGGCGUAGCCAUUUCUGCUGCUUCGCCUCGGUGAUGGAACUGAUGCAUUAAUUGUAAAAAAUCAAACCAGCCUCUUUAUUUUAGCUAUAAAUUAGGAGGGUGAUUUUAUUUUAACUUUUUAUAUUUAUAAUUAGAGAUAUGAAAGUUAAAAUGACAAAAAUCUUCCUUAAGCUUCUUACAUUCUUGUACCUUUAUUUUCACGUAGAAAUGUGAACAAAGAAAAUCUUUGGACAUGAAAUAGCAUCUUCUUCCUAGUA